AUGGAGCUUUAUUGCCUGGAGUCGGACAUAGCCGUGAAAGCCCAGCCUGACCCAAACAUCCUCUAUGAUGACAGAGUGUUGCAAAGUUUAUUAACAAUUGAGGACAGGUUUUUACCUCAAUGCUCAUAUUUCCAGCGGGUCCAGAAGGAUAUUCAGCCUUAUAUGAGACGAAUGGUUGCAGGUUGGAUGCACGAGGUGUGUGAAGAGGAGAAGAGUAAUGAAGAUGUCUUCCCUUUAGCCAUUAAUUAUUUGGACAGAUUUUUAGCAGUGAUGCCCACAAGAAAGAGUUAUUUGCAGCUGCUGGGGGCUGUGUGCAUUUUCCUGGCCUCAAAGUUAAAAGACUGCAGGCCGCUAUCAGCAGAAAAACUUUGCAUGUACACAGACAACUCCAUCACACCACGGGAACUGCUGGACUGGGAGCUGGUUGUGCUGGGGAAGUUGAAGUGGAACAUGGCCUCAGUCAUCCCCAAUGAUUUUAUAGAGCACAUCAUACGCAGGCUGCCCCUUCCCAAAGACAAGCUGGCGAUGGUCCGCAAACACACGCAGACAUUUAUUGCCCUCUGUGCCACAGAUGACCGCCUUGCCAUGAACCCUCCUUCCAUGAUUGCCUCUGGCAGCAUGGGAGCUGCUGUCUGCGGCCUUCAGCUGGACCACACUGACCAGAGGUUGAGUAGAGACAACCUGACAGACCUGCUGGCCAAGAUCACCAACACAGAGGUGGAUUGUUUGAGGGCGUGCCAGGAGCAAAUAGAGCGUGUGCUGGCCACCAGCUUGCAGCAGGGCCAGCAGUACCGGCAGGAGACCAGUGUCAGAGCAGGCAACAAGGCAAGGGAGCAGCAAGACCAGUCCAGCACACCCACAGAUGUACGGGAUGUCAACUUAUGAACCCCCCCAUGACCUCCCGACUCUCACACACACCCACCACUCACUCCUGUCUACCAAUGAACUAACGGGAGUGAGGGGACGUGAGCUGCCGGUGUCUGUCAGGUGUCCACAUGAGCGAUGGUGUGACGAUCUAUGAACUUUUAGAAAAUAAGAAAUUCCUAGUUUUUUUUCUCUUUAUUUGCCCCAUUCGUACCCAGUUGGCUGUACUCUCACCUUUUGUACGGACCACGUGUAAUCGAACAAGCUAUUUAAAACGGUAAAUUCUUGAAAACUUGAUAGUGCCUUAAGUUUCCCAGAAUGGAAACCUGAAUAUAUUUUCAUACUUGAAAAAACAAAAACAGCAUAAUUAUAUGAAAUAGACGUAUUUCUUUUGAUACAACAUAGCAAAAAAUAAACAUGAUAAAUAAUGUAUAUUUAGCUAGCAUUUAGUCAUGUUACUCUUUUAUCAUCUUUACAGAGAAGUUAUCAACUCACAGUUUAAUGGGGUUUUCCUCACCUGGGGUUCAUACUCAUUUGUGCAGGAGAAUUCCUAUAGUAGUGAUUGAAAGGCUGAUAAUACAGGACUUGGCAUUUAAACCAAGCUGAUUUCCAGCCAGAGGAGCGCUACUGUAGCUAGCUGCUCUCUCGCUCUCUCUCUAGCUAUCAUACUGUGCACCUGUAGCACUGCUUACUAUUUAUGCUGAAAGGUGCUGACCAGGAGUGGGCUGGGCCUGCUCACAGAGGACGGACAUGAGGCUUUGAGGUGUGGAGCAGUGGCUACUGUUAAAGGUUAACAAAGAGGACAAGGUCGGUUAUUAAGGUCUUGAUUUCACUGCCAAAUCCACAGACCAAUAAAGCGUGUUUAUAGGAUGGUAUGUACAUGUAUUAUAAUUCAGCUAGGCUACAUUAUUAUUAUUAUUAUUAUUAUUAUUAUUAUGUUCGUGGUCUGGCUCCUAUGUGUUAGAGAGCAGUUAAGACUGUUUAGUAGUUGGUUUGCAGAAGAUUUUAGCCUCAGCUAGGAAGAUGUCAUGUUAAUAGAAGCAAAAGGAGACUUUGCAAGUUUUUUUUUUACCAGGUUUGAGAGGAAACGAAUGCAGGUUGAAGGUUUUCUUGUGAGGUUUUUUUGGAAAAGCAUGUGGAAAGUAAGGGAACUGCUAGAAGUCUGGAUUGAUGGAUGAUAUUUAAAGUGCGGGGAAGUUAACCUAAGCUAUAUAAUGUUUCUGCAGUUGCACGAUACUUGAGUGACUCACAGGAGGAGGAAGAAUACCCGGUGAUGUCUGGGCGAUUGGUUUAGCUGUGCUGCAGUUUCUCCUGUUAUCAAUUUUUACCAUUAACUUUUUUGAGAGUUGGGCGACUUGGAACAAUAUUGAUGCACUUUUAAAAACACACUCCUUAAAAACGGUAAGGGGAUGGUGGUUGAGGAGAGUUCAGUGGGUUGUUAGGGUCUUUUUUAAUUUUUGUAAUUUUUCUUUUAAGUUAUUUGAUUUUUUUUCUGGGCUGGAUUCCCAUGGGGUAACGCACGGUGUCUUGAAAGCUACACCCCAACAGGUGAGUAGACGUAGGGUAAUCGGUGUUAUAGUAUAUACAACAACGGAAUGGAGUCACUUGUAGACUUAGAUUUUGUUUUCCAUUUUUUGUAAUUAUUUAACCGUACUUGAAUUGUUGUUAAUUCAAUAGCCAAAACCUUCCAAUAGUUCUUUCAAACAGUUACACUUACUGUGCCUAAAAAUUCUUUUUUAUGUAAACUGCUCUCUGAACUCUCAUUUUGUGAGUUUUCUCCACUAGGUAGGUAGGGGUUUACAUGAUCUAUAUACCCAAAUACUCCAUGAGCAAAUAUUCUAGAAAUCCUCAUUGCAUUUUAGAACAGAAGUGUUUUUUCUAAAUUGUAUUCAUGCAUGUUCUCUUGUGCAGAAAGCCAAAUGUCCCCCCCCAAAAAACUGCUUUAAACAGAACCAAUGUUUAUGCUUUUACAGGUUUUGUGUAUAAUUUGAAAGCGAUUAUUCCAAAGUGAGAAAACUGUAUUAUACACAUCAUUCUCUUGCUGCUAUGAAGCUUUUCUUUUCUAGUCUUACACAAAGAUGCUUUAUUGUGAUUCACUUUUGUGCUGCUAUAUUAUGAAAUGUUGUAUAUGUAACAGGUCUUCUUUGCUUUUCUGUUGUAUGUGUACUGGAGGGAACGUAACGCAGUUUGGUGCGGGACUGGAAGUACUUUUAUUUGCCGAUCUUUUUGAUUAGCAUGUUUUAUUCUUUUAUUAUUUCAUUUGUAUCUUUAUAUUCUAUCAUAUUCUUGCUGCUUCUUUGUAAUGUUUGUGUACCUCAGGUUAAUUUGGACAGAUGGAGCGAGAGUCCAUCUCGCAUUACCUCAUCAAACUCCCCAUCACACACACACACGUUUUCACUCUGAAUUUGUUGGACGGGUUUCAAUUUUUUUUCUGUCUGAAUGGAAACAAGGAUGGUGCUUCUUUUUAAAUCAAGAAAUGUCUACCGCCGGGUUUCCACUGAGCAAUUAUAAGUAGGCUAUUUCAUAUAUCUAAGUCAAAACAGCCUGUGCUGUAUGUUAUACAUGUAUCAGAAAGACAAAAAAAUAUAUAUUUUUUCCUACUUGGAGUUUCAUUGGGAUGUUUCAAUCAGUUCAUUGGAAAAAAAAGUGGGAAAUUGUUUAUUUUUGAGGUACUCAUUUAGUCAAGUUUAAACCACAAGAAUGUUUUAUCAUCGUUCAAUGUGGUUGUUAAUCCAUACUCCUCUCCCACUAUCCCCACGUGGAACCACACAGUGUACCUCAAUAAUUUGUCUUCAAUAAAUUGGCCACAAUCAUU